AGAAGAACGGUAGUAAAUCCGGUCUAUUGUUGUCAUUGAGUUUGUUGGUUGUUUCAGCAUUUCUGCAAGUCUCUUUAACGGCACCAUGACAAACUUGCAAUCCUUAAGCAUUUUCCUGACGGAACGCUUAAUGCUGGCAGCUCAGGAAAUUUUCAAGGCAGUGGAAGUUACCGUUACUGAAUACCACGACGAAAUUUCCCGCUCCAGACAAGAAAACGAGCUGCUGAAAAGCAGACUGCUGGAGGCAGGGAUCCAGGUUUAUCCAGAAUUACAGCCAGGCCUGUCUGUCUUCCAUGUAGAGCCCUGUGCUGGAACUGAGACAGAAGAUCCAGGUGAGAAGCUUCAGGUGAAGCGAGAACCCAGUGUUUCAAGGGAUGAGCCUCACGUUCCUCUUCCUCCUCCUCCUCCUUCUUCUCCUUCUCCUCCUCCUCCUCAAACAAGUGUGCUUGAAGAGCCCAUUUCCCCAACUGCAUGUCUAGAAGAUGAACAGAGAAUUGAAGAAAUGCUACAUCCAGAGAUGACCGACAGCAGCGUGAGUCCUUUACUCCAGGCUCAUCAGUGUAUGCAGAUUAAAGAAGAAACCGAUGACUCAAAGUCUGUUUUGGGAACGGAGAUUUUUUGCAUGUCACAAAGCAGCACCUCUGAUGAUCCCAGCAGUGCUGCUGCUGCUUCCAAUCAUGCCAGUGGACACGAGACUGAACUGGACGAACUCUCCUCAAUGCAUAAUGCCUCUGAGCUUCCAUUAACAAGCAAAGCGAAUAUUGGGCAGCCUAAAAGAUGCGAUAAUUAUGAUCCAGCAGAACAGGAUAAAGAACUCCAAAAGAGAGAAAGAUAUUCUAUGAUAAGAGCUCGUGGAAUUGGCAAACUACCAAAAUUUGGAAGAGAACGAAAAAUGGAGCCGAGGAUAGAAAAUCAGAGAGCAUGUAGGAAAAAGGAGAGCCUCCCAGAAGUAUUGAUGUUGGAGGAAGAACAAUGCAUGCCAAGACAGUUAUGCAUAAGCACAGGGAGCGUGAAUGAGAGGAACGUUCAACCUGUCCACAAACCUUCUGCAGUUUACCAAAGUGAACCUGAAGCUAAUCUGUGUGUGGUGUGCGGAAGGAGUUUCAGCUCUCGAGGACUGUUGAAAGUUCACCUGAGAGUUCAUUCAGGGGAGAGACCAUAUCACUGUCCCUACUGUGAUAAAAACUUCAGGCAAUCGAGUCAUCUUAGCGUGCAUGUUAGGAUCCAUACAGGAGAAAAGCCGUACAGCUGUCUUUCCUGUGGGAAGAGGUUCAGUGAUCGAAGUGCUUGCAACAGACAUGUUAAGGCUCAUCUCGAAAAUGCUGAACUUGGCCAUCCUACUUGAAACGAUAAAUGUUUCAGAUGGGUGAGGUGUUUUUAAUUUUUUUUCCUCCAGUGUAGCCUCAUUUUCAGUGAUUUUAUAGAAAACAUGAUCUAGAAUUACUGAUUUUUGUUUUAGAGUUUUUUGCUCUACGUGAAACUUUUAAUAUAUUUAAAAAAAAAAAAGGCACUACACUAUAUGGCCCAAAGCAAGGAUGUUUGUUUUAAAAAUAAUUACUACAAAGAUGCUAGCAAGCAAGGCUAACAGAAAUGCUAAAGGGUGAUUAGCAUGGUAUGUAUUCCAUAGGUCUUGAAAAAAAUGGGUCUUAUUUGUCUUUUUUUUUUUUUUUUUUUUUAAGCCAUGCACCAUUUGGAUCAGUCUUUUUUAUAUUACAUAAUGUACAUUGAACAACGUUGUGUGUUUCAUCUCAAGUAAAUGUAACAGUUUGGUCUUCCUCAGUUUCUGAUGGAAAACAUGAUAAUGUAGCACUGUUUUUGUUCCAUUUCUCAAGACUCAAAUCUGGAUUGUCAAAUAUUUGUAAA